AUGAGUAGUUUAUGUUUACAACGUUUACAGGAAGAAAGAAAAAAAUGGAGAAAAGAUCAUCCCUUUGGAUUUUUCGCAAAACCAACCAAGAAAGUUGAUGGUUCGAUGAAUUUACAAUUAUGGGAAGCUGGUAUCCCGGGCAAAGAAAGUACUAUCUGGCAUGGUGCUUUAUAUCCAAUUACAAUCGAAUAUCCAGAUGAAUAUCCAUCGAAACCACCAAAGGUCAAGUUUCCAGCAGGGUUUUAUCAUCCUAAUAUCUAUCCUUCUGGUACAGUUUGCUUAAGUAUAUUAAAUGAAGAUCAAGAUUGGAGACCGGCAAUCACUUUGAAACAAAUCGUCUUAGGGGUACAGGAUUUACUAGACACUCCAAAUCCGAACUCUCCCGCUCAAGAACCAGCAUGGAGAGCAUUCUCUAAAAAUAAAUCUGAAUAUGAAAAGAGAGUCCUCCUACAGGCAAAACAAUAUGCAAAAUAA